UCCUUUGUCGGCCGCUUUCCCUCCCAAUAUCCCACCACUCUCUCUGUGUCCGCCAUGAAAAUGCAACACCACCUUGAGCUCAAUCCUCUGACCAGAUCCACCAGCACCGCCAGUACAAGCAGCACCACAAAAAUGCUACAACCCUCUUCCACCUUCAAUCCUCCCCAGAUGGCCAUUGUUCCCAACCCUCCCUCCGCCACGUCCUCUCACAAAUCCCAUUCUCUAUCCAAUAGAGCCUCUUCCCUCCUCCACUCUCUCUUCCAAUUCCUCUUACACCGCCGCAACUCUCUCUCUCUCUCUCUCACUCUCGGUCUCACUCUCCGCCGCAAGCUCACCGGCACCCUCUUCGGCCACCGCCACGGCCACGUCACCUUCUCCCUCCAGCUGGACCCACGUGCCCAACCCCUUUCGCUGCUCCAUCUCGACAUUUCCACCACCGCUCUCCUCAAGGAGAUGUCGUCAGGCCUCCUCCGCAUCGCCCUCGAAGCCCACAAACUCCCUGGCCGAGCCCAGCCCAGUAAGCUCCUCAAACAGCCCAAAUGGACCAUGUACUGCAACGGCAGGGAAACUGGCCUCGCCCUCUCACGCACCUGCGAGCCCUACGACCGCCACGUCUUGAACACUAUCCGGACAGUGUCAGUCGGAGCCGGAGUCAUUCCUGUCCUCCACGACGGAAGCAAAGGCGGCGCGUGCUCCGAACUCGGUGAAUUGGUGUACAUGAGAGCCGAGUUUGAACGUGUAGUUGGAAGCUCCGACUCAGAAGCUUUGUUCAUGAUUAAUCCCGAUGGAAAUUGCGGCUCUGAAUUAAGUAUUUUUUUGCUUAGAAUAUGAAAAAAGGA